CCCCAGUGCUCUGUGGGAUACUGGAAGUCUCGAGCGUCUCCUCCCGGUUCCCAGCCCUCGCCUGGCCCGCACUCACAGAACCAGCCACACACCCCCUGCCUCCCCUCUCUGCCCUCACCGCCUCCCCCUUCCCACCCCCCUCGCGAUAAGAAGACCCGGCGGCAGGAGAGGGGAUGAAGAUGGCGGACGCGAAGCAGAAGCGGAACGAGCAGCUGAAGCGCUGGAUCGGCUCCGAGACGGACCUCGAGCCUCCGGUGGUCAAGCGCCAGAAGACCAAGGUGAAGUUCGACGAUGGCGCCGUCUUCCUGGCCGCUUGCUCCAGCGGCGACACGGACGAGGUGCUCAAGCUGCUGCACCGCGGCGCCGACAUCAAUUACGCCAAUGUGGACGGGCUCACCGCGCUGCACCAGGCAUGCAUUGAUGACAAUGUUGAUAUGGUGAAGUUUCUCGUAGAAAAUGGAGCAAAUAUUAAUCAACCUGAUAAUGAAGGCUGGAUACCACUACAUGCAGCUGCUUCCUGUGGAUAUCUUGAUAUUGCAGAGUUUUUGAUUGGUCAGGGAGCACAUGUAGGAGCUGUUAACAGUGAAGGAGACACACCUUUAGAUAUUGCAGAAGAUGAGGCAAUGGAAGAGCUACUUCAAAAUGAAGUCAAUCGACAAGGGGUUGACAUAGAAGCAGCUCGAAAGGAAGAAGAACGGAUAAUGCUUAGAGAUGCCAGACAGUGGUUAAACAGUGGUCACAUAAAUGAUGUCCGACAUGCCAAGUCUGGAGGCACAGCUCUUCAUGUAGCAGCUGCUAAAGGCUAUACAGAAGUCUUAAAACUCUUAAUACAGGCAGGCUAUGAUGUUAAUAUUAAAGAUUAUGAUGGCUGGACACCUCUUCAUGCUGCAGCUCAUUGGAGUAAAGAAGAAGCCUGUCGAAUUUUAGUGGACAAUCUGUGUGAUAUGGAGAUGGUCAACAAAGUGGGCCAGACAGCCUUUGAUGUUGCAGAUGAAGACAUUUUAGGCUAUUUAGAAGAGUUGCAAAAGAAACAAAAUCUGCUCCAUAGUGAAAAACGAGAUAAAAAAUCUCCACUAAUUGAAUCAACAGCUAAUAUAGACAAUAAUCAGUCACAAAAGACCUUUAAGAACAAAGAGACAUUGAUUAUUGAGCCAGAGAAGAAUGCAUCCUGUAUUGAGUCUCUGGAGCAAGAAAAGGUGGAUGAAGAAGAAGAAGAAGGAAAGAAAGAUGAAUCUAGCUGCUCUAGUGAAGAAGAUGAAGAAGAUGACUCAGAAUCAGAAGCUGAAACAGAUAAGACAAAACCCAUGGCUUCUGUAACUAAUGUCAAUACUUCUAGUACACAAGCGGCUCCCGUAGCAGUCACAACUCCUGCUGUGACAGCUGGUCAGGCAACACCUACGUCACCUAUGAAAAAGUAUGAUUUCAUUGCUCCUAUCAUGCCUGUCGUGGAAUCAGUAGAUCCUGCAUCAUGGAGGCAGGGCUUGCGCAAAACUGGCAUUGUUCUUGUGCCCAAUAAGGGUGAAAAAUCUAUGUUUCCAACCUCGACUGCUAAAGUUUCUCCCAAAGAAGAAGAAAGGAAAGAUGAGUCUCCUGCCUCUUGGCGGUCAGGACUUAGAAAGACUGGCAGCUAUGGUGCACUUGCUGAAAUCACAGCCUCUAAAGAAGCUCAGAAAGAAAAAGACACUGCUGGUGUUAUGCGCUCUGCUUCAAGCCCCAGACUCUCCUCAUCUUUGGAUAACAAAGAAAAGGAGAAAGACAAUAAAGGAACCAGGCUUGCAUAUGUUGCACCCACAAUACCAAGACGACUAGCCAGUACAUCUGACAUUGAAGAGAAAGAAAACAGAGACUCUUCAAGUUUGCGAACAAGCAGUUCUUACACAAGAAGAAAAUGGGAUGAUGACUUCAGAAAGAAUAGUUCAAUUAAUGAAGGAACAACUUAUCAUAGAAGUUGCUCCUUUGGUAGAAGACAAGAUGAUUUGAUUAGUUCUAGCGUUCCUAGCAGCACAUCAACACCAACAGUUACCUCUGCAACUGGGCUCCCAAAAAGCCUGCUUUCAAGCAACAGCACUACUGCAAAGAUUACAACAGGUUCUUCCAUAGCAGGCCCACAAAGCAGUACCUCAAAUCGUUUGUGGGCUGAGGAUAGUACUGAAAAAGAAAAGGACAGUGUUCCUACUACAGUGACCAUUCCUGUUGCUCCAACUGUUGUACAUGCUGCAGCUUCUACCACAACCCUGACUACAACUACUGCUGGCACUGUCUCCUCUACAUCAGAGGUCAGGGAGAGACGCAGGUCAUACCUCACUCCUGUUAGGGAUGAGGAAUCUGAAUCCCAAAGAAAAGCAAGAUCUAGACAAGCAAGACAGUCCAGAAGAUCGACCCAGGGUGUGACAUUGACCGAUCUUCAAGAGGCUGAAAAAACAAUAGGAAGAAGCCGUUCAACCCGAACCAGAGAACAAGAAAAUGAAGAAAAAGAGAAAGAGGAAAAAGAAAAACAGGAUAAAGAGAAGCAAGAAGAAAAGAAAGAGUCAGAAACAUCUAGGGAAGAUGAAUAUAAACAAAAAUACUCCAGAACAUAUGAUGAGACUUGUCAGCGUUACAGACCACUAUCAACGUCAAGUUCAACUACUCCAUCUUCAUCACUUUCUACGAUGAGCAGUUCACUGUAUGCUUCAAGUCAAAUAAACAGGCCAAAUAGUCUUGUAGGUAUAACAUCAGCUUAUUCCAGAGGGUUAACAAAAGAGAAUGAAAGAGAAGGAGAAAAAAGAGAAGAGGAAAAAGAAGGCGAAGAUAAACCUAAGUCAAUCAGAGAACGACGACGACCAAGAGAGAAGAGAAGAUCUACUGGAGUUUCCUUUUGGACACAAGAUAGUGAUGAAAAUGAGCAAGAACAACAGUCAGAUGCAGAAGAGGGAUCCAAUAAGAGAGAAACUCAGACGGAUUCCAUCCCAAGCUAUGAACCCAGUUCCUCAUCAGCGAGUGAUCGGUAUGAUUCCUUGCUGGGUCGGUCUGGAUCAUACUUAGAAGAAAGAAAACCCUACAGUAGCAGGCUAGAAAAAGAAGACCCAGCUGACUUUAAAAAGCUUUAUGAACAAAUCCUAGCUGAAAACGAAAAGCUGAAAGCACAGCUGCAUGAUACAAACAUGGAACUCACAGAUCUUAAAUUGCAAUUGGAAAAGGCCACCCAGAGACAAGAAAGAUUUGCUGAUAGGUCACUAUUGGAGAUGGAAAAGAGGGAACGAAGAGCUCUAGAAAGAAGAAUAUCUGAAAUGGAAGAAGAGCUCAAAAUGUUACCAGACCUAAAGGCAGACAACCAGAGGCUAAAGGAUGAAAACGGGGCCUUGAUCAGAGUCAUAAGCAAACUUUCCAAAUGAAAAAAAGGCAGCAAGUCAUGGAAUUGCACAUUUUAGUAACCCAGUGGACCAUAAAUGACAGUCACUGGAAGUCGGAGAAGAAUCAUCGGAGACUGUCAUUUUCAGAUAUCCUGCCAAAUGCCCUCUUAACUAGGGUUUUUGUUGUUUUGUUUAAUUUGGGGUUUUUUGUUUUUUAUCAAGACCAUUGUUUCACAUUAAUUCCGCUGCUGAGAAGUUUGUUUUUUUCAAUGACGGAGAAAACUUGUUUACAGAUCCAGCAUAUAAGGAAAGUGUUCAAGGCCAGAAACGCCUCAGAUAUUUAACCAGUAAGCCUUAGUUGUACAUAAAUACUUUUGUGUCAACAAAAACUUUCAGCUCUCACAGAAGACAGUUAUUCGACAUUUUUUGAUGUGCCACAAGUAUCCAGUUUUUCUAUAUUUAAUUUUUUUUAAAUUUUGCUUUACAUCUAAGUGUGGGUUUGUAUUUUUUUUCCUUCUAACUCUUCAUGUGGCAGACUCUUCCAUGUUUUCACAGACCACCUGCUCUUGCAAAAUAAUGUAUUAGGCUAGUGCUGUGUUGUCUCCCACCUGGGACCGGAUUGCUUUGUGGAACAGUUGCUUUCACUGUAUGUGCAAUAUUCAUUUAUUUCUUAUAUGAGUGCUUUAAGAUUAGGUUCUUCUUUCUGCCUUCAUUGGUCACUUUUUACUGUUGUAGUAUAAGAUGUUAGGUUCUGUAAUCUUCACAUUCAUUUUAGCAGGUACUGAGUGAUGCUGUAUAUAUAAAUAAGUGUAUUGUUUUGAUUUUUAAAUCACCACAUGGCAUGCUUGACUAUUUUCUUAUUUCAGAUGUCUGUUAAUGCAAAGUAGGCUCCAUAAUCGUGUUAAAAAUUUUUUGCUAACAAUGUGUUAUAAAGACUUUAAAGUUACACAUUCUAUGGAGCCCUAUCUUUACAAAAGAUUUCCACUGUAAAGUGCUUUUACUUUUAGUUCCGGUUUGCAUUUGUUAGUAUUCAGCCAUAAUUAAAGUUGCAUAAGAUGAUGGCUUCACAUUUCACAUACCUGGAUCUUCUGAGUGCUGUCUAAAACUGUUGUGCUAGCCAAAGUAAUGCUAUGAAAUCAUUUGCAGAUUUUUAACCUGUGAGUUAGUUAAAUGCACUGUCAUUGCCAUGUGAAGAGGCAUCUUUGAUAUCACCAUCAUGUUCAGACCAUUUUAUACAUUUCAGUGGCCUUUUUAAAAAGCAGUACCAAGUACAUAGUGAAGAUGGCUUUUAUUUGGACAAAUUGCUUUUAUAUUUUCAUUAAACCAUGCAAAAAAUAUUAUGUCUUUCUGGCACAUAACUGUCUCCUUAAAAACCACUGAACAGUUCAGCCAUUUGAAUAAAUUGUACAUUGUAAAGCUUAUAGUAGCUAAUUGUAUUAUUAAUUGUAUUGUACACUAUAUUAAAUGUGAAUUUGUACCCCUUCAUUUUAAAAGGUCAUUGUGUUCUACUGCCUACUUUAGAUUACUUUAGGGUUGGGGAAGGGUGUUUUGCUAAGCAGGAUUUUAAAUCCUUUCUCUUGAUUGGUUUUAUGAAGAUAUAAGGUUAUGCUCUUACUACCAAGCUCAGGAUUCUUGAUUUUAAAGGUACAAGGAGAGUUGUGGGAGCUUUAUUUUUGGUUUUAUUUGAACUGUAUGAAUGGUGGGUCUGAAUAUAGAGAGUUUCCAUGGUCUUGUUGCGGAGGUAAAAAUAUACAAAUAAUUGAUCAGAUUGAGUGAGGCUGCAACAAUUUCUGGUUGCACAACAGUUGGGCAUGCUAAGGAUUAUUUGUGAAGUUUGGAUGCCUGUGAAGAAUGAUUAAAUACAUGUUUCUAAUAUUUUAGUGUUUUGUAUUUAGGUUAUUUAUUCUUUGUAUCUGAAACUGAACAGCUACUGUGCUAUAUUGAUUUUAUUGGUAGUAUUGAGCAGACCUUGUUUCUGCAUGAAACUAGUUGCAAAACCCACUAUUUUGAAAAUAAAAAUGUAUUUUGACAUAUACAAAUAAAAUGAAUAAAACUAUUUUGAA